CAGAGAGAGAGAGAGAGAGAGAGAGAGAGUCGGCGCUGAAGACAGACGGACAGAAGCAGUGUGUGUGUGUGUGUGUUUAUGUAGAAGACAGAUGUGGACUUCAGGAGCACCGAUGGGAUGUGAGUGAAGAUCAAACAAGUUCAAGAGGAAAACCACCACUUUAAAUCUGCUCUGACGGCAAACAACUAAAUACAGAGAUACUUGAGGCGAUGUAUGACAAGAGUUCAACUCUACCAAAGGACUAUUGAGGGUAAACAAGUGCAUGCUUGCACUUAAAAAAACAACAACAACUUUAGGCUCGAAACACUUUGAUAUCCACGUGGAGACGUUUGGAAGUUAACUAUGUCUUUUGCGAUGGUGCGACCGGCUCCUAGCCGUUACCUUUACUCUGAGAUCUCCAUGAUGUCAGAGGACGAUGAAAACGGCAGCGAAAGUUCAGGCUCCGACGACCGCUCGUUUUGCUUAGACGGCUCGGGGUACGAUUUGAAAGUUGGAGGGAAAAAGAGGAAACCCAGCGCUGGGCGACUAGUAGAACUGCCACCCAUUUCCAUCGCCACCACAGGUUUGAUGAUACCCGAGGGCCGGCAACGCAACGCGGCCAACGCGCGGGAGCGAGACCGUACCAACAGCGUCAACACCGCCUUUACGGCAUUGAGGACUCUUAUACCCACAGAACCCGCCGACCGGAAACUCUCCAAGAUCGAGACCCUGAGAUUGGCGUCCAGUUACAUCUCUCACCUGGGAAACGUGCUGCUGGUCGGGGAAGGCUGCGGGGACGGACAACCGUGCCACAGCGGAGGACCUUCCACUUCAAACUACUACCAUCAUCACAGUUCUCCCAGCCGGGACUCGGAGAACGCACAGCCCAAACAGAUCUGUACGUUCUGCCUCAGCAAUCAGAGGAAACUGGGCAAAGACAGAGAGAGAAAAUCGGCCCUGAGGAGUUAAAGCACGACGCAAACGGAUUUACCAAACAUCAACGCCAAGCAUUUACAAAAACUGUGUGUGUGUAUAUAUGCAAAUAUCAAUACAUAUUUAAUUAUUUGUAUGUCGCCUUUGGACUGGACCGAACGUUUUAUUGGUGGAAAAAAGUACAACUGGAAAAAGCGAAAGCUUGACUUACAAGAGCUGAACGUUUUGCCACAAACCUCCAAUUUCCAGCUCUUCUGCACAACAACUCAGUAAAGAUACAGCAAACGCUUCUGUCCGACUACAGGAAGCUAUUCGCCAAAGACUAUCCAAAGAAACGUUUACAAAUGAUCAUGGUGAUACGGACACAAAUUUUGCAGAGCAAAACGUGGAAUUUGUGGUGGAGCAUCUGGGCAUUUUUAGAAUCAGAGGGACAUCGAAGGCACAAGUGGACUCAAUUUGACACAAUCACAUUAUUUCCUACGAAUUUGCUUAAGUCAAAAACAAGACACUUAGCCUGACUAUGAAAUGACAAUAUGUUUAAUAAAUGCUGUAUAUUGUAUGUCUAAUAUGGCAAAUUACAUAUAUUCAUUGUUGGUUAAAUUAAAAAAACGAAAUAAAAAACUAAAUGUCGAACAAAUGGAAAGAAUUAAUUUUAAAAGUUCAAAUUUUACUUUUUGGCCUGACUCACAUCAUCUCUCACAAAGACUUUAAAAGUUUGGACAUGUCUGCAUGCAUCUGGCUGGCCUGUAAUUUAGGCCAACACCUCAUUACAGCUACAAAAACACAAGUCGGCCAAAUAAAGAUCAAAAUAUCUCUGUAUAACAUCUUACAUUGGGGGUCCAAUAACCAGAACCAUUUCAUUUCACAUUCUCCUGAUUAGAAUCUAGACACAACCUCACCCUUCUUAAAGUUCAGGAAAAUAAAAAUCUCUACACAUACUGCUGAUAUUAUCUCACCUUCAGAAAGCAGAACAGACAUCUGACACAUUUACUCUUACAAUAACUGAUAUAUA